UCACCAGGACGCAGCAAACAGGAGUUGCCGGGGAAACGGGACGCUUAGUACAGGACUAACGCUAGUGAAGGAGUGUUAAGUGAGGGAAAUUUACCGAUUUCCUCAACAACAACAAAAACGAAGAAAAUGACGCGUCUCUGUAUCUGUGAGAUGUGCAGCUGUGGCCGCCACCGAUGUAAACACCAGCCCACGGCCCUGUACAAGAAAGGCAGCAAGACUAAUGUGUUGUCAGAGUACUCAGAGAAGUAUCCUGCCUAUAAAGGGCACAUGCGGCCGAAGAGCACCAAGCCCCAACUGCAGUAUAAAGCUCAUCAGGGUACGAUGGAAGGAACAACCACCUUCAGGACAGACUAUGUCCCAUAUGUGGUCACCAGUCGCCCUGAGAAGCAGCAGGCCAAAUACAAGCCCAAGCCUGGAGAGAUUGACUUAGGAACAACCUAUAAACAUGACUUCAACCCAUAUGAAGUGCAACCAUUUGUUCCUUCACGUCCGAAAGAGAGAGAACAUACCACAAAUGCAAAACUGGACACCAUACCCACCUAUAAAGAGGAUUUUCGUCAGUGGGAGAUCAGCAGACGGGAGUUGACUAAGCCUGACACACCAUAUCAACCCCCUGUUACAAAGUUUGGGAAUUCCACGACAUUCCAGGAUGAUUUCAUCCACCGAGGCCUAGUGCCACGGGAGAGCUACAAGCCCCCAAAUAUAGCCAGGCUAUCCGAUGCUCCUUUCGAAAACAUGACCAGCAGCAAGCUCUCAUACGUUCCACACACUCUAGAAGCCCGGUACAUUAAACCGCCAGUAAAAUACAAACCCAACAGCCAACCUUUCCAGGACCUCACCACCCAUCGACAAGACUUUCAAGGCCUACCGAGUCAGCCGACCAAAAGCUGCAAACCUGAGCUGCUCAAAGUGGCCUCCAACAAGCCUUUCGAGGGCAGCACGGAAUUCCGUGACCAUUUCCAGCAGUGGCCCGUAUCCCUCCGGCAGGUGAGGAAGUCAGUGGAGUACAUGAGUCCAACAGAGCACAUGGACCUGACUACCACCUCACACACAGACUACAUCAAGCACCAAAUCCAGCCCUUCCUUUCAGUCAAACCCUUCUCACUUCCCACUAAGUCCUCUGAGCCCUUUCAGGGCAGCACCACCAUGAGAGAUGACUUCCAGCCGUGGGCGGCUCCCCGUCAAAGUAUGAUCCGGAAACAAGAAGAAAUCCAGCGAGCCAGCGGGAAAAUGGAAGAUCUGACCACCUUCAGGGCUCAUUUCAUUCAGCAUGAAGCACAGCCUAGUUUCAGCUUCAAGCCCCAAAACGCACCACUGCGGACCGAUGCUCCCCUACAGAACGACACCGUGUACCGCACGGAGUUCACACCCAAGAAGAUCAGCGUGUGUCCUGCCAGUCUUGAGUCUCCGCCGGGGUUUGUUUUCGAUAAUUACGAUGAUCGAGGCCACCGCUUCUUCCGCAAGACGACAUCUGCUGACAAGAUUGAGACGCCCAAGGAAAUGGUCUUGACAUCUUAAGAAAGUCAUCAUGUUGUUUCUAUAAAAGGAAACUAGCAAACAAUAUGAUCUCUCUGAAUUAUUGUAAUCCUACGGGGAAUCGUAAUGAAUUACGAUUAAAGGUCAGUGGGUUAAACUAUCUUUCAUAAAACAUUAAUUAUGCAUUCAUCACAGGAAUAAAAUAGAUUUUAAAAUGUACUGAAAUAGAAAGUAGUUGUUUUAAAUUGUAAUAAUAUUUCACAAUAUUACUUUAUUUUUUUAUCAAACAAAUGUGUUUUUUUUUUUAAACAACAGAUUAGUUAACCACAUAAAACAUGCUUUUUGCAAUCACAAUAAUUGAUUGUUUUAACCACAAAAUAGAAUACAAAGAUCAAUAAUUCUAAACUGAUUGGUAAAACUGUAUUUAUUUAUUUUUUUAUCACAUAGACUGUUUGCAAUAUUGACAUGUACAGAACCAGAACUGGCACUUCCUUAACCGAGUCAUGUAGCGGCACUUUCUCCACAUACUGUAGCAAUAAAAUGCAAUGGAUUAAAUUGAUGGAUAAAUUCAGUGAGUGGCUUAUGUACAACAUUUGUUCAUGUACUUAAAAUGCAUGCAUAAAGGCCAGUAGGAAACCGUUAUAUUAGAGAUAUGGAUAAUUCACUUCAAGUGCUAUAAGUACGUAGGUCUGUGUUGGGUUUAAUUUAAAAUAUGGAUUAUAAAGACAAACUAAACCAAGUAAGAAAAUAAAAUCCAAACUUUCUACACUCAAUGUACAAUAUUGCACUUAAAAACACAUUAUAUACAAGACAUAUUUUACAAUGCAGCACAUUGGUUGAACACAAAACAUACACCUAAAAGACGGCUGGAGAAAUGGUACUUUUAUGGCACAUGCCAUUUCAAUCAGUCAACGGGUUUUCUGUCAUACAUUCUACGUCCAUAUUAAAACAUCGUUAUUUAAUAUUAGAGUCAACGUGAAAACAAAAUGGUUUACUUAUUUAAAACAUGCUAAUGUGUUUGUCUUUGAAAUGUUUAUCAAAAUAAACUUUAGCUCACUUCCACCAAACGUUCAUUGUGACUUUUUAUAUCCAACAAUUCAGAAAAAAAAAACACUUAUUAUUAUUUUGUGAUAUAAACUCAAAUUUGGAAAAUAAAACUCUUGUUGUGAGUUUACAAUUCUGAAAACAGAAAAAAAAAGUCAAAAUGUGUGUGAGUUAUUAAUUAUUAUUGAUAUGUGAGUUUUAAUUAUUAUUCCUUGAUAGACACAAUAUUCCAGAUAAUGUUUUUUUUUUCUUCUCACAAUUGUGAGGUUAUAUUUCACAAUUCAGACUUUUCUUCUUAUAAUUACUAGUUUUUACUUCGCAAUUCUGACUUUUUCCUCAGAAUUGUGAGAUAUAUACUCAGAUUUGAUAUUCGAAAAAAAAACAAAAAAACUACUUUGUAUGAUAUAAAUGAGUAAAAAAAAAAA